UGCCGGUGGAGAUACCGCGUUUUUCGGCUGUACAAUGAAAGGAAUUUCCUUUCAUUAUGGAUUUCUUCGCAUGUAAGAUAAUAUUGGAUGCUUUUCGAACUGUGUAAUACAAUGGGUGAUAUGCUGAUUGAAGAACCAACUAAAGACUCUGUUUUUGAAGUUUCUGGGAUGUUGCAAACUUCAUUUAAUAAACUUUUUGAGUUUCUCCAAAAGGAAAUUCUAUGUGAUGUUGUUAUCAAGGCUGGAAAUAAAUCCAUAAAAUGCCAUCGAAAUGUUUUAGCAAGUUGUAGCCCUUAUUUUCAAGCCAUGUUUACUGCUCCUUUAGUGGAAAGCAAACAGCAUGUUAUAACUAUUGGUGAUAUUGAUGAACUUGCGAUGGAAAUGUUAAUCAAAUUUGCGUACACAGCAAAAGUUGAACUAAAUGCAUCAAAUGCUCAAGCAUUGUUACAUGCAUCAUCAGUUUUACAGUUAGAUGCUUUAGCUCAGGCUUGCUGUGAUUUUAUGAGCUCACAACUUCAUCCUAGCAAUUGCCUUGGUAUUCGUCAGCUUGCUCAUCAACUUGGACAGGUAGACUUGGUAAAAAAGGCAGAUAGCUAUGCAAAAUAUAAUUUUAGACAAGUAGUCUUAAAUGAUGAGUUUGUAUCAAUAAGUGCUAAACAUUUAGAAGAACUGAUUUCAUCCUCAGAUUUAUUUGUGGAUAAUGAAAUUGAAGUAUAUGAAGCAUUGAUGUUGUGGAUCAAACAUGAUGUUGACAGAAGGAAAGAUUUAAUACCUAAACUUCUGUCAAAAGUCCACCUUCCAUUGCUACCCUUAUCAUACCUUCGUAUGUAUGUAGAAUCAGAUUCAUUAGUUCGAAAAAAUUUGGAAUGUCGAGAUUUGUUGGAUGAAGCUUGGCAUUAUCAAAUGUGGCAAGUCAGCCGCUUACCUACAGCCCAUCUGCCAGUUAAUGAAAGGACAAGGCCACGGAAAAGUUAUGCAGGCAUGAUUUUCUGUAUUGGAGGCAGAGGUAUUACAGGAGAUCCAUUCUCGUCUGUAGAGUUUUAUAGUUGGAUGCAUAAUAAAUGGAUUAAACUAAACAGUAUGUCAACAAGUCGUAGACAUGUUGGCUGUGUUUCUGUAAAAGGUAUGAUUUUUUUUUCAA